AUGUUACGAGCUUUUUGUAUUUUAUACUUGGUAAUUCCAGUUUUUUGCAAAAUCUAUGAAAAAUGUGAAUUAAUUGAAGAACUUACCGAGGUCCAUAAACUUAAUGUUGAAGUCGCCUCCAAAUUAGCAUGCAUUGCCGAGGUAUCUCGAUACAAUACAAGCAAAAAAUCAUUAGAAUUUACGUCAGAAGAUUCUUUUGGAUUCAAAAAUUACAUUUUGAAAUACGGAAUUUUUCGGUUCAGUGCUGAAUAUUGGUGUUCUGAGACAUCUCCGAAUGGCGGGAUUUGUCACAUAAAUUGCAAGAAGUUCCUCGAUGACGACAUAACAGAUGAUCUAGCUUGCGUCAUGCAAAUUCAGAAAAAUCUUGCCAUUUACAAUUCAUGGGGAUAUGAUUGGCCAGGUGGCGUCAAACGAGCCUGUAGUUGGCGACAAAAUUUACAAAGCUGCGCAGAACUUAGUAAAGAUGAUUGGAAAUCCUCUGCCGACUGUUUAUUGAAAUAUCCGGAAAUGCCGAAAGCUGUUUGGAAAAAUGAAGGUCAGAAUGGCGUCAAGGCACUUAAACAUGAAUUUCCACAUGCAGCUGCUCUUGGAUGGACUCGUGAUGGAGAAAUAACUUGGGGAUGUGGUGGCUCAUUAAUUGCAGAUGAUACGAUCCUCACAGCUGCUCAUUGCACCUGGAAUUCUGAUAGAGAACCUCCGGAUAUUGUGCGUCUUGGUGAUUUGAAUCUCUUAACAGACGAUGACGAAAAGGAGACGCAACAAUUUGAGAUUAAAGCAAUCAUCAGACAUCCGAGUUACAAACCGCGAUACAACGACAUCGCCCUUGUAAAACUUAAAAGUAAAGUAAAUAUCACAAAAUUCGUCAUUCCAGCGUGUUUGUGGCCCACGCACAAAAUUCCUGAAAAAAUAUCACUCGAAGCAUGUGGAUUUGGCAAAACUGAAUAUGCGGGAGAUAUGUCCCCGAUCCUUAAUAAGGUCACAUUACGUUAUUUAGACACAAUUUCAUGCCAGGAAUCUUAUCAAGGAAUUAGAUUACUAAAAGAAGGUUUGAAAGAGGAAACUCACUUGUGUGCGAAUGAUCCUACAGGUCGCAAUCAAGACAUGUGUGAAGGCGAUUCUGGAAGUCCGUUGGAGAUGAAAUUGCAUUUGGAGGACAAAAUUGUGCCAUUCAUUGUUGGAAUCACAGCUUUUGGGAAAUUAUGUGGUUCAGAAGGUUCACCGGGAGUUUAUACAAGAGUCUCGUCGUUCAUUGAAUGGAUUCGGUAUUACACACCGAAUUUGCCUGCAACAUCAUUAGAGUGUGCUGUUCAGUAUAAAGAUAAAAGGACAAUUGAUCCUAACUUUAAUCGUCCUCGAGUUUCAGAACGAGAUGAUUUUGUGAAUAAAGUAAUUAAAGAUGAAUAUCCAAAAGCAGCAGAGUCAGUUUCAGCAAUUGGAGUUAUCAUCUCAAAUCGAUACAUUCUAACUUCGGCUCAAAAGUUGAAUGAAAUGUCAAGUCCAAAUAGAGUCCUUUUAGAACAAUCAACUCCCAUUGAAAGGGUUAUCUUUCACCCAAACUUCAGUAUUCAAACACCCCAGCAAGAUGACAUUGCCAUUAUUCGACUUCGUCAACGUAUAAGUUGGACCAAAACGCAAUUCCCACUUUGCCUGCCUUCGACCCCGUUGAUUAAUGACUUUGUCUUAAUUGAACAGACGUCCUUCGAUUUGACUCGCCAGCAUCAAUUGUAUCGUGUAUCAAGGAUGGAAGCUUGUCGUCAAGCUUAUUCUGAGUUUUUGGACUUCCACAAUAUAGAUGAGAACAAGAUUUUAUGUCUGUUACCCACAAUUGAGGUUAGAUACGUUCCUGAUUCCUGUAAAAUUCCCAUUGGAACGUCAAUUUACACAAAAAUCAAUCACAAUGGAGCUUCGGUUAUGAUGCUUCAUGGAAUGGUGGUUUUCAGUAAGGAUUGUGGGCCAGUAAUUGCGACUAAAAUUUCUUCAUACACAGAAUGGAUUGAACAAGUAGUGUUUAAAAAAUGAUUUGAAAACGUCAAAACUGCAUUUCUCUCUAAUUUUAAUAGACUCAAAAAUCACGAACUUCAUUUAAAGUGUGUUAAAAUUCCAGCACGCGAUCAAAUUGCCAUAAACGUGCAGUGUGUUAAUGAAUGGCGCCUCCAUAAAAACUAUUAAUUGUCUAAGACAUCAAACCGCUAUUCCGCAGUGAUUGAUGAUCUCUUCGAUUGAGGACCACCAUAAAAGUCGCACUAAUUCGACAACAGUUUAGUUUCAUUUUUAAUUUCUCACCACAAAGAAAAACAUAAAAUAUCAAAACAAACCAUGUUGCAUAAUUGACAUUCGUUUAGUUUUUUUUUCGCGUUUUGCAAACCAAUGAGCGCAUAUAAGUAAUUUUCACACAGCAGUCUCUCUUUUACGCAUCGUGUCAAAUUUGCAUCAAGUUUUAGGCAAUAAAAAAAUGGUCUGAAGUCGUAGACGUGACACGUGAAGACUUUUGUUGAAAGACAAUAUGUUGUACAUAAAUUUGCAUAAUUAGCCGAUAAAAUCAUACUGGUUCGAGUUCUUUAUUAUUUUAUUGUUUUCGUGGCUCUUUUGUUACAAUUUCUUGUUACUUGUAACACUA